CAAAACCUACGUUUUGUUUAGGAAGCAAGAAAGACAAGGAUUAAGCCGAACUCCAAGGCCUUGUUUAAGUUAGGCAUUUUCACUUUUCCAUAUAAAGAGGCCUCUCUCAACAUUCUAAUCCGUCCAAGAAUAUCCAUCAUUUUCUGCUGUAAGCAUCUGACAAUCAACAGAGGAAAACAGGUUGAGAGAAGCAUCUUCGGGCUGCGAUUGCAUCUCGAAGACAAUGGAGGGAGGAAAGCCAUUGAUCUUGAUGGCUAGCCUUGUGGUUCUGGUCUUGCUGGGGGCAUCCAUGGUCCGAGGGGCAACCACAAAACCUGACCCCGAUUCGACCAAGUACGUGAUGCUAAAUAAAACGUCUUCUGGCCAUGAACGAGCCUUUUGUCUGGCGUCCGGCAAGUGUCGCUUCAAGAGGCUCACUUGCCCUACCGAGUGCCAGGUGAGGAAGCCCAAGAAGAACAAGAAGCAAAAGGGUUGCUUCAUCGACUGCAGCAGCAGCAAGUGCGAAGCCACUUGCAAAUAUAGAAGAGCCAACUGCCAGGGAUAUGGCUCUCUCUGUUACGACCCUCGGUUCGUCGGCGGCGACGGCGUAAUGUUCUAUUUCCACGGGGCAACUGGAGGGAACUUUGCGCUCGUCUCUGAUGACAACCUCCACAUCAAUGCCCACUUCAUCGGGACUCGCCCUGAGGGACGGGCGCGUGACUUCACGUGGGUCCAAGCCCUCGCGGUCAUUUUUGACAAGCACACCCUUGUCAUCCAAGCGAAGAGAGUCUCGCACUGGGACGACAAUGUAGAUGCUCUCAACGUCAUUUGGGACAACCAGGCGGUCCAAGUCCCCACCGACGGAGAGGCCGAGUGGAGGCAUGAAGGCGAGGACAGGACCGUGAUAGUCGAAAGGACCGAUGAUACUAACUCUGUGAGGGUGACGGUGAGUGGAUUGCUCGAAAUGGAUGUAGGGGUAAGGCCGAUUGGUGAAGAAGAGAACCGGGUUCACAACUAUCAAAUACCGAAAGACGAUGCGUUCGCUCACUUGGAGACACAGUUCCGGUUCUCUAGUCUGUCGGACCUGGUUGAAGGAGUUCUGGGCAAGACUUACAGGCCAAACUACGUGAGCCCUGUGAAGGUCGGCGUUCCCAUGCCGAUGAUGGGCGGCGAAGACAAGUACCAAACACCAUCUCUAUUGUCACCUGUCUGCAAAGUUUGCAGGUUCAAGGGGCCAACUGGGCGUGCUAGUGUUGAGGGCGUUGCUCAGUACUAAUCAUGCUGAUAACAAAAAGAAAGUUCGUUCCUUUUUUCUCAUUUUAAUCACAGAAAACAUCUGUGUUUGCAUCUUGUUUUGGGGGAAGUCUUCUGCUUUGUACUUGAAUGAUUCACGUGUGUACAAAAUAAGGGACAAAUUGGCCCAUGAUGUCGUGUUCCACUAAAUCUUAUCUUCAUUUGGUAUCAGCAAUUUCUCAGGAAGAAAGUACCUGAGCCUUUAUGUGUCCGUACAGUAGACGAAGCAUCAUCAAUUGGUCUGUUCUGCAA